CAAGUCCAACAGGACAUUUGUCCAUCAAUGUCCUCAACUUGCGCCUGAAACAUCGUCAUCAACCACCCUUGGGACGGCAUUCGGGAAAACUACGAACAUCACAACACAAAGCAACAAUUCAAUAUCUUUACGGCAUACAAAAUGGUUCGAUAUAUCCCAGGAUUAACAACAACGGGCGUUACACCGGUUGCGCGCCCAGCAGAUCCCCUGACGGAUCUGACCCGACUGCUCAACCGCCUCCAACAAACUAUCCUGCGCGCCGAUGCCGAGCGCGAAGCCAGACUACGGGCAAGCGAGUAUGAAAGAGAGAAGGCGCAGGCAAACAUCAACUAUGCCCGAUCACUCCUCACCAAGUUAGAGCAGGAGGCAUUAGGGGUCAAGAUCCAUGUCCGGAAGAACGAAAUCCAAACCGACUUAAUCAGGAAGCGAGAAAUCAUCGAACAACUUACGGAGCGUCUGAGCGACUUGGCCGAGAUCGCCACAGCAGAAGAGGCCAGCAAACAUGGAGGGGAGGGUGAUAAUGGGGAAGAUACGUCAGACAGUGAAGAUAUCCUUGCCGACAUAAUAGCGACACCAAGCGAGAGUCUGGAUUCCAACAAGUCACCGAGUGCGCCAGUACUGGUGGAGGACGAAGAAGAACACGGCUGGGGCGAUGACCAGGACCAGGUAGCAGAAGAUGCGCCAAACGCAGAGGGAGAGGGACAACGGCCACACGACCAGGACUGGGACGAGAAGAAAGGAGCGGAGGUAUCAACGGAAGAGACAAAAAAACAACAAGCCGAACCCCUCUCAGAAAAGCAACCAUACCCAGAAACAACCACCUCACAAACAAUCCGCCCCCGCCGACAGCCCAACAACAACAACAACAACGACGACACAAUUAACGAAAAGCCAACAGCACAAACCACAUCCUCCUCCCUCCUCCCGCCCUCAACAACAACAACUUCUUCAUCACAACCAGGGACGAUAUCCGCCACCGCCGAAGCCAUCCUCGACACCCAGCGGGCCGAGCAAGACGCUCUCUCCGAGUCCAUUCUCAAGCUCGCCACCGAGCUAAAGGCAUCCUCGCAGGCCUUUUCGUCGUAUCUGGAGGAAGACAAGGAAACGCUGGAGAGGGCCGGGGAAGGGAUGAAUAAGACGGAGCAAGGCAUGACUAAAGUGACGGGCAGGAUGAGCACGUUGCAGAGGAUGACGGAGGGAGAGGGUUGGUGGGGGAGGAUGAUGCUUUAUGCUUAUGUUUAUGGGUUGAUGGUGGUGUUGCUGUUGGUGGUUUUUGUGUUGCCCAAGUUGAGGUUUUGAUGGGGGUCGAAGGUUGUUGUGGACUUGUGAGAGGAGGAGAGGGGGAAAGGGUCAUAGGAGAGGGGGAGCAGGUUUGUGUUGAGGGAAUAGUAAUUCAUCGCUAUACUUUUAUGGACUAAACUCGCUAGGGUCUAAUAAUACACCCGAAGUCGGGAUACCAUCGCCGACGAUUCCCUUAUUGCUCCUACGCUGAUGGCUCGUCAAUGAAAGGCUCUGUGGUAGCUAAAAGCGAACUCCGACAACACGAAACCGCCUUCCCAUCUCUCCAAUGCUAAAAAAGUUCUCGUCGGGCGUAUAAGUAAGAACCUGUGUU